UUCAUCUCGAUUCUUUUCUGGUGAUUCUGGCAUUUUAGAUCUGGUGUCUUAGUUAAAGAGUAAACGUUUUGAGGGUUCAGAUUAGGGACCCGACAUGAGAUGUACUUUCUGUGCCAUCCUUCAUCUAUGUUAUAGUGACUUUGGUUUACGAUUCUCUGAAUCAUAUGUGUCGGAGGUUGGAACAGCUGUUUUAGGCUUAGAAUUGGAUUGUGGGGUGGUGUUCUCGAAUGAUCUUAUGAUUUGUUUUGAUUCGAGGACAUUGAGGUGCAGAUAAAUUGAAAAUGCAGCAACAUGAGGCUGGGUGCCCAGCCACGGAGGGCAUAAUCCUCUGCUACAAUAACUGUGGCUUCUUUGGAACCAAGGCAACCAUGAAUACAUGUUUCAAGUGCCACAUGGGAAUGAUUCUGAAACAGAAUCAGUCCAAGCUUGCAACAUUAACAAUCUUGUGAAUGGCAGUGGCAAAGAGCUAAUGAUGUUUGGUAACGCAUACGUGGUGUUGUGACCUUUUGAAGCUAAAAAUUGUUUCUUCACAAUCACCAAAUGCUCCAGAUCGAAUGGGCCUGAAGGAGCAAACACAAAAUAUGGUGGAAAUAGAUGCAGAACAUGCGGGAAACGUUAGACCGACCGUCGACGUGGGAACCUUUUCUGGGGUACAGAUUGCUGCUUUGAUGAGCAUGAUGAUUGCCCAUUUGAUUAUCGUAAACAACUAGGAAUGUCAUCACCAAAGCGAACCCUGUGGUUAAGGUUGAUGUCAAUGUCGAGCCCCUCACUAUGCCCUGAUAUUAAGUUGGCUCUUAUGUCAAUAAAUUGUCACAACCCAACUUGAUGGGAUGAUUGAUCUGUUAACUUCAUUGAGCCCAAACCACUAACUUAAAAUGCUUAAGAUAAAGUUAACAAUAGUUUACGUAUUAUGUUCUUAUAAGUCAAUAUUAGUUUUAGCCUACUUUUGAUGUGAGACUAAACCGGAGUGUUACAAUUGCAGCCCCUAGUUCGUGGAUUAGAAAAGGUUUGCAUAUAAGUGUGACCUUUUAUUUGUGCUGAUUUGGUAAAUUAUUUCUGGACUUGUGAUGUGGCUAUUUUUCUUGUUUUACUAUUUGACCUUCACAGUAGAUUCCUCAACUUGUAGGAAUUACUAAUGGUGCAUGAAUAAUUGUCUCUGCAAUUACUUGAUGAUUUAUAUCGUAUUCCCUCAGUAAUAUAAUACAUAGUGGUGCAUGAAUAAUAUCAUGACUUUCAUGUUACAUUUCUUUAGUGGUGGACAUUCUUGACACUGCAUGAUAGGUUCUUGAUUGUAUGUAUCUUUUCCUUAGAAUUUUCUGCACUUCCACAGUAGCAUAAUGCUCAAGGAUAUAUGAAUGGUCCGUAGAGUUAUAUCUGGUUUCUGUGAUUCAAAAUGCAGCUAUUGAGGAAUGAUAUUGGGAAGGUCGGUGAGCUGUGUUUUAUGCUGGUACCAAGUAUGAUGAACAAUUUGAGUGACCUUUAAGUAAAUUCAACCUAUGUGGCAUGAUCAUGGACGCACAAGCACAGAUCCACGGGUGUUGACUGUGUCACCAUGUCCUGGAGAGCGUAGUUUGUCCGCAAUACAACACCAAAGGCAAGAGGAAGUCAGCUGCUCCUCCAUCCUCUUCCAUGGUCUCUCCCUCUUGUACAGUAAUUCCUGACAGUAUUGGAUCCCGUCCAUCCAUCGUUUCCACAGGAAAAAGAUUGCCUUUUCUAUUCAGCACCGAUCUCGAGUAGGGGGGAGGAGAAUUAAGAGAAGAGGUCGAGGAUUUCCAGGCAGGAUCGUACCCCAAGGCCGAAAACUGCCCUUGGGUACUCCAUGCUUCCACUGUUCCAUCGGACCUAUAUUACACGGGGGAGGGGCAGAAGCUGAUGUAGAUGGAUCGGUCGGGUAGCAGGAGGAGCACGGGCACGGCGGUGGUGGCCGUCGAGGUGAUGGAGGGGAGCAGCAAGGCGGAGGAGUGGAGCGGCGGCGCCGGGGAUGGGGACGAAGGAGGGGAGGCCGUGUCGCUGCAGACGGGCGACAUCGUGGAGGAGGUCACCUUCGGGGCUGAGCCGCCGGCUCGGUCGCCCUUCCGGGGCGGGCGGUCUUGGGUCAUGAAGCUGCUCCACGCGGCGUAUAAGCGCGGCGACACCUCCGUCGUCGUGCGCGCCCGCCGCGGUCCGCAAGCCACCUACCUCGACUUCCACGCGCGCGUGGUGCCCCACCCGGCGGCCGGCCGGCGACAGUACGUCCUCCGCUCCGUCCGCGAUCCCCGCCACGCUGUCCGACUCGUCGACCGUUCUGAGUCCGACUGCAUCACCUUCCAGGGUUCAAGGAGCUCGAGGGUGGUCUGGGCGCUCAACAACGCGCAACUCCAUGACGGGUUCGUGUCGUACCCGUGGGAGAAGAAGAUAAAGGAGACGCUGCCGUCGCCCAGCUCCAGCUGCUUCCUAUCCCUGCUCGUCCUCCCCAAGGCGUCCGACCCCUCGAGCACAAGCUACGACCCCGUGGAGGACACCUUGGCUCGGGCCGAGGCAUGGCUCGGCUCCUCUCAGGCCUCUGGUGUCCCCAUCGUCUUCAUGCACAUCCAGACCGAGUCGCUCCUCACAAAGAUAUCGGGAGAGACAGCAUCCACCACCGUCAAUAUGGGAUCAUUGGCCGACCUCUCCAACGUAGCAAACGCCAGCCUCUACGGAUUCGAGGACUACCACGGGGUGGACAUCGGGGUCGUGAGGGCUGUCAGGCUUUGGUACGCCCCCGCAGAGGGUGAGAUGGCGUUCGAGAUUGAGCCACGGGAAGGCGACACCAAGCUGGGCUUCUCAAUUAGCCGCACCGAGGAGGGCUUUAUACACAUCUCAUCCGUCGAAGACGACGACGGUACCGGAGUUGCUGCAGGUCGAUCAGGACUCAAGAAGCUCUACAAAGCAGCAGCGGCAGCAUCGAAGCUGUUAGUGGUCUCGAGGGUGGGAACCGAGAAGGUUCUGCCAUGGAUAGUCUCCACGUCGGGCGCCAUUCGGUGCUUCGACACCGUCUCUCUCAGCCAGAAGCUCUCGCUGCACCGCCACGCUCUGAAGCCCAUCCUGCUCCACCUGCUUAUGUGGGAGACGUCGGAAACCAACGUCACUACCACCAAGGCCGAAAGUGACGAGCAUCCGACGCCAAUGUCGCCGCCAUAUAUCGUGCCCCGAGCUUCAGACGGAGCUUCUGCUGCCGCGUCGUCGCUCUCAGCAUCUCCCGGGCGCGACGAGCUCCAAGACGCGGCUGGGGACCUGUCCUUCAGAUUCUGCGACCUCUCGAUAUGGAACACGUCGAUCUAAUUCCUACUGCUAUGUCAUCCUGUCGUCCUGUACAUAACAAAGCAGUAAGCUCAGCUGUUGCUACUCUACCUUGUGCUUGUGGCAUGGAAGAGGAGUUCAGGUACAAGUAUUACGUGUGUUAGUGUCAA